GAUUGGCCGCUUGUUGGUUACAUUGUAUCAAGCUCCAUGUAGCAAGUUGCGGGAGUGGGGGUGUGCUGUUGUGUGUGUACUCUGUUAGCAGCUCUACUCUUCCCCACCAUGGCUUCUCGGCUCCCCUUACGAGUCUAUUUCGACCUGUUGUCCCAGCCCUCCAGGGCCGUCUUGAUCUUCCUCAAACGCACCGGAAUCCCGCAUGUGGAAAAACCCGUGGCCCUCCGGAAGGGUGAACAGAAGAGCCCAGAGUUCACUAAACUCAAUCCAAAUCAGAAAGUGCCAGUUAUUGUGGACAAUGGAUUUGUUCUGACUGAGAGCGUUGCUAUUCUGAAGUACCUGGCGACAAAGUAUGAUAUCCCUCAAUUCUGGUACCCAGUAGACUCAAUGCAGAGGGCAAAGGUGGAUGAGUACAUGGCAUGGCAGCAUGCUACUGUGAGAUAUCACGCAUCGAAAGUCUUCAUCCUGGAGGUUUUGAUUCCUCGGAUGACAGGCCAGCCACUUGAUGAGGCAAAGCUGAACAAAGCUCUGGCUGAAUUGAAUGGAACCUUGGACAUUUUAGAAUCGAUGUUUCUGAAGGACCAGGCCUUCCUCUGUGGUGAUGAGAUGACAUUAGCUGACCUAUUGGCCAUCUGUGAACUGAUGCAGCCACUUGGAGCAAAUCGUGACAUAUUGAAAGAUCGUCCAAAAUUGAUCGCCUGGCGUAACAGAGUGCAGUCGGCACUGGGGAAAACAUUUGAUGAUGUGCAUUCUUUCCUUUAUCAACUGAGAGAUAAAGCCAGACUUUAAAAGCUAAACCAUGUGGAAUUUCUGAAUGUUAGAUUCCUGCAAAUUAGUCUACUUAAUGGGUCUAAAAUUAACCUAUCAAACCACAUGCCUUUAAAGUAAUUGAUUAAUAAAACAUACUACUUAAUAGUUCCAGUAACUUUAAUAGCCAUACAAUUAAUUAAUGAAAUUACUUUAGAGUCAAAUUAGACCAAGGCUAAACUAUACAUUCAAAACUACCUUACAAAAGGAAUUUAGGAGUGGUGUUGCAAGCAGUCUUCAUUUCUCAGAUAUAAUCACUAUAAAACAGUGCCUCAAUAAAUAAGGUUUCAGUUGUUUAAAAUAGAGUUUUAUGCAGCUUCUAUUCUAGGCACCAAGCAGAGUAGCAAUUUCCACAUGGCAUCACCAAGUGCAUUAUGCCACUUCCAUAGAUUAGAAGUCCCAUGAUUUUGUCAUCUCCACAGGACAUCGGGAGGGUCCUUGGGAUUUAACAAACUCGAUCCAUGUACUUUAAAAGCACAAAAGAACUGUUAAUUUUCCUCUGUCUAGCUGAGGCAAGUGCACAUGAAGCCUGUGAUCCAAGUAGGGAAAAUCAGAGUCUAGUGACAAUUAUUCUUAACUCAGAUCCCAUCAAUGCGCCACUAUGCCAGUUGAGCUGCAACAAACAGAAAAGCUGCACAUAUCUGGUAUUUGUCUAUCAUGAAGGCUUGAUUUCUCAACAUCAAGCCUCAGAAAACGACAACAUCAGAAUUCCUGCUUCCUUCCACUAACACAAAUUGACCCCAAGUGGACAACAGACCACUGGGCAUUUGGGCUCUGUUCCAAACAUCACAGUAAAUACCACACUGCAAAGAGGCACACCACAUGUUAAGCAGUGGCCCAGGACUACAUAGUCUGAAUUGCUGUCACAUAGUUCAGGAUAAAUGCUGAAUAUGGCAUUCUGAGUAACAACUUUACAGUAGCUUCUGGUCAAAAGUUGAGAGUUCCUUUGUCCUGUAUCAUAGACAUCUUUCAGUGUUUUGUUAAGACAUUAAAGUUGAAUAUCUUGUAACAUGCCAGAGAUUUUGUUGCUACCGUGACUAGGCAGGCUUGUUCUUGAGCAAAAAAUUAAGACUGAACCCAACUCCUAGGUGAGACGGACUAGUAGUACCAAAUAACAGUGAUCUGAAGUAUUCAUCUUCUGAAGUAUUCUAAUCCUGGUCCAUCCUUUACAACCUUUAAAACAAACUCUCAUUGAAUCAAUUAGCUGUAGUAAUGAAGAUUUAAAAUGGUUUAUCACAUGGCAUAAUUUGUUUCCUCUGAAAUAUAAUCUGAGCAAUGUACUUGCAGGAAACCAGUUUCUCUCAAAUAAUUUGUAAUAAGAUGUAUAAUUCUUGUAAAUCAUUUAUUGAAUUUUGUACAAAA